CGGGCCCCGCGGAGGCGGCAGGCCUCGGGCCGGCGGGGCUUCAGGUGCCGGGGUCCGGCUCCCACCUUUCUCCCCCGCCUUCCCCGCGCGCAGGGGCUGCGGGCUGCCCGUUUCCUGGUCUGGCAGGGAGAGGCAGUGCUGAGUUCGAGAGACAAAAAUAGCCCUUCACGGAGAAAUAUAGGGAUCGCGCGUGCGGCGGGGAGGGAGCGGGGAGAGCGGCACCGGGCUGCUGCCAGGAGGAGCCCGCCUCGCCUCGCCUCGCCUCGCCGCGCCGCUCCCCUCGGUGCUCGUUAGGCGUUGCUGCGCGGGUCUCUCCCCCCGCCCUUCCCGGCUCGGCACGGCCACCUCGGCCCCUCGCAUCCCUCUCGGGGAGGAAAACAAACAAACUCUGUUUUGAUCAGAGAGCGGCCAGAGACCAUUUUAUUUGAGCAAAGCGGGGGGAAGAAGCGAAGAGAGAGCGCCGCGGAGAUAUCGGGAUUUAAAGCCUGCUCCUCGCCGCCCCCUUCCCCUCUCCCCCCGUAAGACCCCGGUGCGCGCAGGCAGCAGCCUGACAUCCCUCCCGAGCGGCGGCGAUGGGGUGUCUGGGCAACAGCAAAACGGAGGAUCAGCGUAUCGAUGAGAAAGCGCAGCGAGAAGCCAACAAAAAAAUAGAGAAGCAGUUGCAGAAGGAGCGGCUGGCUUACAAAGCGACGCACCGCUUGCUUCUGCUGGGGGCCGGCGAGUCGGGGAAAAGCACCAUCGUGAAACAGAUGAGGAUCCUGCACGUCAAUGGGUUCAACUCAGAAGAAAAGAAACAGAAAAUACUGGAUAUUCGGAAAAAUGUUAAAGAUGCGAUUGUGACUAUAGUUUCAGCUAUGAGCACUUUAAUACCCCCAGUUCCAUUGGCCAACCCAGAAAACCAAUUUCGAAUGGACUACAUCAAGAGCAUAGCUCCUCUUUCUGACUUUGACUAUACACAGGAAUUCUUUGAACAUGCGAAAAAGCUCUGGGAUGAUGAAGGCGUGAAAGCAUGCUUCGAGAGGUCAAACGAGUAUCAACUGAUUGACUGUGCACAGUACUUUUUAGAAAGAAUCGACAGCGUCAGCAUGGAUGACUAUACACCCACAGAUCAGGACCUAUUACGAUGCAGAGUUUUGACAUCAGGGAUUUUUGAAACAAGGUUUCAAGUAGAUAAAGUAAAUUUCCACAUGUUUGAUGUAGGUGGCCAAAGAGAUGAGAGAAGAAAAUGGAUCCAAUGCUUUAACGAUGUCACGGCUAUAAUCUUUGUUGUGGCUUGCAGCAGCUACAACAUGGUAAUAAGGGAAGACAAUAACACAAACAGACUACGGGAAUCCCUGGACCUUUUCAAAAGUAUCUGGAAUAAUAGGUGGUUACGGACCAUUUCUAUCAUUUUAUUCUUGAAUAAGCAGGACAUGCUGGCUGAAAAAGUCUUGGCAGGGAAAUCAAAAAUUGAAGAUUACUUUCCUGAAUACGCGCAUUACACCGUACCUGAGGAUGCAACUCCAGAUGCAGGAGAAGACCCCAAAGUCACAAGAGCCAAGUUCUUCAUCCGGGAUGAGUUCUUAAGGAUAAGCACGGCGAGCGGAGACGGCCGGCACUACUGCUACCCGCACUUCACGUGCGCCGUGGACACAGAGAACAUCCGCAGAGUGUUCAACGACUGCAGGGACAUCAUCCAGAGGAUGCACCUCCGCCAGUACGAACUCUUGUGAGGGGAUCGCCGUGGAACCUGUGGUUUUAAAUUCUUUGCUCCUUACUCUUUCUCUUGAUACUACCCCACACAGGGUGGAAGAAUAUACUAUAGAAAUGUCA